AUACAUACAUAAAAAUAACACACCUACCAAAAAUGGUAAAUAUGCCCUAAAUAAGGAAGCAUUUCCGGUCUUUUGUGACAGAUUUGGAUUUUUAAAAUUUUAAUUUUAUUUAUUUAUUUUGAUUUAGUUAUUGUAUUUUAAAGCUUUUCAAAACACAUUCAGUGAGUUUCCUUAUUUUUUCAUUUCCUCGUGUUUUUUCUUUUUAGUUUUUUUUUUUAUCUAAUGCGGAAGUUGGUAUUCGUCAGCGGUCACGUGACCGUUUUCCUGCCGAAGCAGUAAAUACCAGCGAGCUAGCAGCAAACACGGGGGGUCACGCCGCUAAAGCCCGCUCCUCCACGCGCCGCCGAGCCAUGGCUCGCGCCUCCUAGCCAGCUGACGUACCCAUUUCUGCCGGAAGUUAGUUUCAUGAGGAAAGGAGCGGCCGGUCAAAAAGUAAAUACAAAAAAAUAGCCCCCCCAAAGCGCCUCCACUUUUACAAAUCUCGGAAAGCUACACGAGCUAGCCUAGCAAGCUGAGUCGACGUCAGGAGGAGGAGGAGGAGGUUUGUUUGGGAUUCUUCUUCCCCCCUCUGUCCCGCCAUGCAAGGGGAGACUGCGGCGAUACGGGUGCUGCCGGACAACGAGACAAAAGUGGAUGCGUUCCCCCAAAACAGAACCCCGAGUUCGGGGAGAGCCAGUGCCAAGAGCUGGCAGUACAGCGAUCACAUGGAGAACAUUGAGGGCUACCUGAUGAAAUACACCAACCUGGUGACAGGUUGGCAGUACAGGUUCUUCAUGCUCAACAAUGAAGCAGGCUUGCUGGAAUACUUUGUCAGCGAUCAGCUGAAGCACCUGAAGCCCAGAGGAACCCUCCCUCUGGCCGGAGCCGUCAUCUCCCCCAGCGAUGAGGACUCCCACACCUUCACGGUCAACGCCAUCAGCGGGGAGCAGUACAAGCUCAGAGCCGCCGACGCCAAAGAGAGGCAGCACUGGGUCAGCCGGCUGCAGAUCUGCACGCAGCACCACACGGAGGCCAUGGGGAAGUGCAACCCCCCUCCCAAGUCGCGUAGCUUUUCCAUGGCGUCCCAAGGCAGCGGCAGCUCGCCCAUGUCUGUGCGCCGGCCCAGCCAAAACCCCGCCUCCCUGUUCAGCUGGUCGCAGGCCCCCAAGGGCUCGUCGGCAUUCUCCAGCAAGAGAUCGCUGCUGCCCGACCACCUGAUUGAAGCCAGAGAGAUGAUGACCCAGGCCCAAGGCCAACACAGAGAUCUGAUCCAGAGCAUAGAGGGCCUCCCGCCGGCGCCCAGCCUUUCCCCCCUGGACCAGGAUCUGCUGAUGCUGAAGGCCACCUCCAUGGCCACCAUGAACUGCCUCAACGAGUGCCUGCAGAUCCUGCACCAGCAGCAGAUGGCCCGACACACGAGCUCUUUGGGAGGUUGCCUCCAUCUGCUGGAGCACGAUGAGGAGUACACCUUCACCCUGCCGUGUGCCUACGCCCGCUCCAUCCUCACCGUGCCCUGGGUGGAGCUGGGAGGCAAGGUCAACAUCAACUGCGCCAAAUCUGGCUACUCGGCAGUCAUCACCUUCCACACCAAACCCUUCUACGGCGGCAAACUACACAAGGUGACCGCCGAGGUGAAGCACAACCCCACAAACACGGUGGUGUGCCGAGUGCAAGGCGAGUGGAACGGCGUCCUGGAGUUCAGCUACACCAGCGGCGACACCAAAGUGGUCGACGUCACUAAGCUGCCCGUCACCAAGAAGCGAGUCCGACCCACGGAGAAGCAAGGGCCCACCGAGUCCAGGCGCCUGUGGCAGCACGUGACGGAGGCGCUGCGGCAGAAGGACAUCGAGAAAGCCACAGAACACAAGCGGCUUCUGGAGGAGCGGCAGCGGACGGAGGAGAGGCACCGCGCCGAGACGGAAACGCCGUGGAGGACCAGACACUUCGACAAAGAGGGUGAAGCCUGGCUCUACCACAAACCCCUUUGGAAGAACUCCACAUUUCAGUCUUCGUUCCUCUGAGGUUCAGAUUUCCAGGAUCUAAGAACCAGCGCGCUGCCUUCCUCAAGACCAUUUAAGAUGCUGUUACCUUAAUCCAGUCAGUCCUCAGAAAUUUGAUUCCUACACGGAUUUCAAGGCCAACAAACAAAUUAACUGUUUUAACAGGUGAAGAUCUG